AUGAAGGAGACAGUCACCGUCAUCGGAGCCUCUACGUCAGUGGGCAAAAGGUUGGCAGCUGAACUUCUGAAGGAGCAAAAUCUCUCUGUCAAUCUCUGCUUUGAUAAGUAUUCUGAUGCAGUUUGUCAUGCGGGUAAUCCCGCGGCAAGGUGUUUCGUAGGUAACCUUGCGCAAACUCGAAACGAGUUGAAAGUACUUCAAGUUACAUCCACUGGAGACAAUCGUCUGGUCAAUCUCGAUACUGUUCUUCAGAGCUCAGAGCUCAUCGUCAUCUCGGAAUACACGUCUUGUUUUCCCUCGCUGGACUGGGUUCUCGGCAAGAGCCCGCAGGAUGUCAACGUGAAGAUGGUUCGAAAUGUGGUGAAUGGUUGCGGUUCAAGAUUGAGGAAACUGGUCUUCCUGAGUGCUCUUGGAGCUAAACGAAAGCUUUCCAAACUACCCAAGUUGGACGCAAAUAUUUUGUUCUGGGUCUUGAACUUCUUUGGCGCCUUGGACGCCAUACGGCAAGGGGAGGAGAUUGUCUGUGAGGCAGGCAGAGAUCUGUCGAUACAGACUUCGAUCAUCCGGGCUAAAUUUCAUUGCUACUUGAAGGGUCCCUUCGGUGGAAUGAAUGAGGAGAUGUUUGAUGAGAUGGAAUACCAGUCGUUAGAGUUGCUUCCGGGAGACAUCGCAGAUGGAGAGACAAGUGACUUGGCGGCUGCCCUGACCUUGAAGCAAGCUCUUGUGGAUGAUUGUUUCGACAACAAGGAUGUUGCCGUCGUGAACAGCCCAGGCUCCAGCCCGCUGUCUCCUGAGGUUAACGGCAUGUUGUUAGGUGUUUGUGACGUCACAAUAGGAAUGGAACACGAAAAUUCAGUCUUUGCUCAUGAGAGAGAAGCAACUUCUACUCAUGGGCGAGAGGACAGCAACAUGAUCGGAACGAGAGUAUAA